AACACAAAAAUAAAAACAUCAGAAAAGCAGUCCAUCCAGUGCAACAGUUAGAUAAAUUAUUUUAAUUACUUUAGUAAUUAUAUAACGUGAAGGUGGGUUUACUUUAUAUUCCAAGAGGCUGAUCUAGCUAACUAAAUCAUAAAGAUGAUGAAUUUAGCAAAAUCGUCGGUGAAAAAUGUCCAAUCCAUGCUGCGACUAGCAGCAUGCAGAGCCUCCAGUACGAGUCCUGCUGCCGAUCUUGGCUUCAACUUUGAACUUAGUGAUACACAAAAGGAGCUUCAACAGCUGGCCAGAAAAAUUGGAAGAGAGGAAGUUCUCCCACGCGCAGCGGAAUUUGACCGUACAAUGGAGUUCCCCUGGGAAAUUAUUAAGAAGAUAUGGGAACUAGGGAUUCUUAACCCUAUGGUUCCUGAAGCAUAUGGUGGUCCUGGGCUGGGCUGCCUUGAUAGUUGUCUCAUGGUUGAAGAAAUUGCAUAUGGAUGCAGUGGAAUUUUGACUGCUGCGUUUGGAAAUUCUUUAGCGUCAUCUCCGUUGUUCUUCGGUGGUUCUGACGCACAGAAGAAAAAGUUCCUCGGUCGGCUAAUUGAACAGCCUCUAAUUGCCGCUUACUGCGUAACGGAACCUGGUGCAGGAUCUGAUGUUUCAGGACUUAAGACAAAGGCCGAAAAGAAAGGAGACGAAUAUAUUUUAAAUGGUCAGAAGAUGUGGAUUACUGGCGGAGGUCAUGCGUCGUGGUACUUUGUCUUAGCUCGGACUAAUUCUGACCCUAAGGCCCCAGCUGGAAAGGCAUUUACUGGGUUCAUUGUUGAGGGUGAUUCUCCUGGAAUCACAAAGGGCAGAAAAGAGAUUAAUAUGGGGCAGAGAUGCAGUGAUACCAGGGGAAUUACUUUUGAAGAUGUGCGAGUUCCGAAAGAAAAUGUACUCAUGGGUGAGGGCCAAGGUUUUAAGAUAGCGAUGGGUGCUUUCGAUAGAACCAGACCUCCAGUUGCAGCAGGAGCCGUCGGUCUCGCACAAAGAGCACUAGACGAAGCCACAAAAUAUGCAUUGGAAAGAAAGGCUUUUGGAACUGAAAUUAUCAAUCAUCAGGCAGUGGCUCAUAUGCUUGCGGAUAUGGCAAUAGGUGUCGAAGUUUCUCGUUUAAUGGUUAUGAGAGGCGCAUGGGAGUUAGAUCAAGGCCGAAGAAACACGUAUUAUGCGUCAAUCGCGAAAGCCAUCGCUGCGGAGACAGCAAACAAGGCAGCCGCAGACGCUGUUCAGAUAUUUGGUGGAAAUGGUUUCAAUACGGAAUACCCUGUUGAGAAGUUGAUGCGUGACGCCAAGAUUUUCAAGAUUUAUGAGGGAACAACCGAGAUCCAGAAACAUAUUAUAUCUCGCGAAUUAGUUGGACGAUUUAAACAAAAUGUGAUGUAAGGUUCAACCAUAACAUUCAUGUAAUUUAUCUAAAUAAAAUCAGGUAAUGCUGUAUUGCAAGUUAUAUAUAUAAUAUACUGCUCAUACAAAACUGCUUGUUAAUCUUGUGUACCCUCUAAAUCAAUACACAUCAAUAUUCUUGCAUCAUAGAUAAAAAUUAAAAUAAAGAACUAUUGUUACAAAAUA